AUGUUGACCCAAAGUGCUGCUUCUGUAUUCGUUGCAAAUGGGAUAAUCCUAAAGGGGGGGUGGAGGGGGGGGGGAAUGAGGGGGGGGGGGGGGGGGGGGGGGGGGGGGGGGGGGGGGGGGGGGGGGGGGGGGGGGGGGGGGGGGGGAUAUAUAAUGUUUAAGGGGUAUAUAAUAUAUAUUUUAUUUAUAUUGUGGGGGGAUGGGGGGGGGGGGGGUGGUUUGUUUUGUGUUUUGUGGGGGGGUGUUUUUGGGGGGGGGGUUGGGGUUGGUGUGGGGGGGGGGGGGGGGGGGGUGGGGGGGGGGGGGGGGGGUGGGGGGGGGGGGGUGGGGGGGUGUGUGGGGGUUUUUUGG